CUUGUCUGCAGAGAUCUUCCCACUGGCCCCUGACAUCCGGGGCAUGCUGGCUCAGACAGACAGCCUAUAUGUCAACCAACCACAAAGGCAGCCAAAGACCUGGCUGGCUGUAGGCCCCAGGCAGAGGGUCUUCCAUGAACAGGGCAUCCUCUUUGGCUACCGACAUCCACAGAGUUCUGCCACUGCCUGUCUCCUCAGCCUUUUCCAGAUGACCAAUGAGACCCUCAACAUCUGGACUCACUUGCUGCCAUUCUGGUUCUUCACGUGGAGGUUUGUAACCAUACUGCAUGUGACAGACGUCUGGAAUGACAGCUAUUCCUGGCCUCUGCUCGUGUACAUGGGCACCAGCUGCGUGUACCCCUUCGCGUCCAGCUGUGCACACACUUUCAGUUCCAUGUCCAAGAACGCCCGACACAUCUGCUACUUCCUGGACUACGGCGCCGUCAACCUCUUCAGCCUGGGCUCAGCCAUCGCCUACUCUGCAUAUGUGUUCCCCGAAGCACUGGUGAGCACCACCUUCCACGACUACUACUUGGGCCUGGCCGUGCUGAACACCAUCGUCAGCACUGGCCUCUCCUGCUACUCCAGGUUUCUUGAAAUCCAGAAACCCAGGCUCUGUAAGGUGCUCCGCAUCGUCGCCUUCGCUUACCCCUACACCUGGGAUUCCUUCCCCAUCUUCUACAGGCUAUUCAUCUCCCCGGGGGACAACGCACAGAGUGAAGCCGCCUUAUACCACCAAUGGCACAUGGCCAUGACCCUUCUGGCCUCUUUCUUCUAUUCUGCACACCUGCCCGAGCGCCUGGCUCCUGGAUGCUUUGACUACAUCGGUCACAGUCACCAGCUGUUCCAUGUAUGUGUGAUCAUGGCCACUUACAUGCAGAUGGAGGCCAUACUUCUGGACAAGACUCUGAGGAAGGAGUGGCUCCUGGCCACCUCCAGGCCCCUGUCCUUCUCUCAGCUCUCCGGAGCUGUGCUUCUGUGCAUCAUCUUCAGCCUCAGCAACAUAAUUUAUUUCUCAGCUGCUCUGUAUCAGAUUCCUGAGCCAAAAUUACAUAAGAAAGAAACAUGAUCCACACCAUAAGCCUUUCGUUCCCGGCGUCCACACUCACCUGUGAUGCUCUAACCACUGGGAUUGGCGGUGAUGCCCUUUUAUGAUGGCCUGAUAUGGUUGUGGUUGGUGUCUUGGCAUUUUUGAGUGGGUUCGUGUCAAAAAGGUAUUUAACUGGGGGAAUUUUUCUAGAUGUGCACUGAUUCUAUAUUUGUGGUUUUUAAAUCACAGACUGGUUAAAGUAAAUACCUAUUCAGGCAAAUCAUGAAUAUUUC